AUGACAGUCCAUAUCCGACACGCCAACGCUAUAUUCCUCCUCUGGGAUGCAAAGUCAAUGUUCGCAAUUGAGCCAUCUGCUGUUUCGAAGUCUAACAUGAUGGCAUCGCCAGAGAGAAUGCUCAUCCCCGUAGCUGCCUUUAGUUCCGCCUUUCUCGCAGGCGGAAUGAAUCUGGUGUCUAUGAUAGCAGUCCCAAUGAUCCUGAAAACAACCCCUCCGGAUUCGUCUCUCCUUCUUCGACAGUGGCAUUUCAUCUACAGCUCGGGGCACAAGGUUGGACCUAAGCUGGCUGUGGCCAGCGGAUUACUCUACUGGACGGCUGCUUGGACAACCCAAGAACGCGGAAAAACGAUCGCUCUCUACGCAUACUCUGGUGCGCUCACCAUGUCCAUGGUUCCGUUCACCUGGUUGUUCAUUGUCCGCAUCAACAAUGCCAUUUUCGCGGAAAUUGAGAAGAAUCGGGCUGGAACACCGACGAAUCUCGCGGACGCUCAGUAUCUCGUUGGCAGGUGGCGAAAAUUGAACAUUGCUCGCACCGUCUUUCCCAUUCUGGGAGCAGCUCUUGGCUUAAUCACUCUAUCUGGUUUGGUGCGGUAG